AUGCAAGAGGAGGACGACAAAAUUUGCCCUUUGGGAGGAUUCAUCCAGCAACAGCGACAUGCCAAAUCAAUGUUGGCCAGCCAACUGCGUUUGCUGGCAGUGCAACCGUCAGACGUCACGAAUGCGAUGGAACCCGGCUCGUCAUUUGAUGAUUGUGGACUGAACAAAGCAGACGGGCUGCUGGAAAAUGUUCGAAAUCAGGGAAAUUUUACAGCAACAAGUGUCAGUCCAAACGCAAGCGUACAAUCUUUUCAAACUGUGCUGAGUUCGUCAUCCGCGUCGACGGUAUCCUCGUCAUCGAUAUCCUCAAAGAAAACCAGAUUCCACAGUUUCCUGCAGAGUAGCAGCAUAUCUACAACGCAGCAGAGUAGCUCAGCUAGUUUUUCCUCCCUGCAGUCGUCGACUGCGUCCAACUUUAAUGAAGCUGUGGUUUCCUGUCCUGGCUCUUUAUCAACUUUAAGUCAAUUACCUCCAUUAUCACCGCAGAAAACAGUUUCUCCUCGUUUUGAAAAAAUGCUGGGGCAGAUGGAAGCAAGUAGUGAGAUGAAGCUCAAAAAAAGUCUGCAGCUUAAUCGGAAAAUAGCAAUCCUAAGCCCUGUUCAAUUGAGCAUUCGCAGUGAACAAUCUAAGGAAGAACGAACAUCCUGUUACAUAAACGCUGAAAGCUUAGAUUUUGACGUUGAAAAUGGCCAAGGUUCACGAUCACCGCUGGAAGGUGGAUCGCCAGCAGCCGCCGCCGCUGCCGGAUUGGUACUGCAGAAUCUACCUCAGCGAAGAGAAUCCUUUUUGUAUCGGUCUGAUUCGGAUUUCGAGAUGUCACCGAAGUCGAUGUCGAGAAAUUCUAGCAUCGCAAGUGAAAGAACUGAUAAAUUUUCUAGACUCAAAGAAGUGGAAGCGCCAACGAUCACCAGUACAGAACGAACGCAUUUGGAAGAUCUGAUCGUAACACCGUUUGCGCAAAUUCUGGCAAGCCUACGUUCGAUACGAUCGAACUUCUACAGCUUGACAAAUGUUACACCGCCCAAAUCAAAACGAAACAAUGUUCAACUGACACCAAUUCCUAAGGCACCAACUCCCGGUGACGAAUCGUACGUGAAGCUGGCUUUAGAAACGAUCGACGAGUUGGACUGGUGCCUUGAUCAACUAGAAACCGUGCAGACGCAUCGCAGUGUUUCCGAUAUGGCAUCAUUGAAAUUCAAAAGGAUGCUUAACAAAGAAUUGUCGCAUCUAAGCGAAUCUAGCAAGUCCGGUAAUCAAAUCUCUGAGUAUAUUUGCUCUACCUUCUUAGACAAACAACAAGAGUUGGAUAUCCCCUAUAGUAGAGAUGAUUCAGAUUCUCAUAAUCAAGCAUCGUUCUGUCGUAGUCGAUCACCCAGGAUGGGUGAAAGGAUGUCGCAAAUAUCUGGCUUCAAAAGACCACUACAACACACGAAUUCUUUCACCAGUGAUCGGCUGCCAGUAUAUGGAGUGGACACACCGCAUGAACAUCAGCUGGGACAGAUUCUCAACAGUGUCGAUACCUGGGGCAUCGACAUUUUCAAAAUUGAAACUCUGAGCAACAAUCGACCGCUAACCUGUGUAGCUUUUGCUAUAUUUCAGGAACGGGACAUCUUAAACACUCUUAUGAUACCAUCCAAAGUUUUUCUAGCGUUUAUGACAACCUUAGAGGAUCACUAUGUUAAGGACAACCCAUUUCACAACUCACUUCACGCGGCAGAUGUGGCACAAAGUACUCACGUUCUGUUGAAUACACCAGCUUUGGAGAACGUGUUCACCGCAUUGGAAAUUUGUGCUGCAUUAUUCGCAGCUUGCAUACAUGAUGUUGAUCAUCCAGGUUUAACAAACCAGUUUUUAAUUAAUUCGAGUUCGGAACUAGCGAUUAUGUAUAAUGACGAAUCCGUACUGGAAAACCAUCACUUAGCAGUUGCAUUUAAGCUCUUACAAAAUGAAGACUGCGAUAUACUACGCAAUAUACAGAAAAAACAACGGCAAACAUUUCGAAAGAUGGUCAUUGAUAUGGUGCUAUCGACGGAUAUGUCUAAACAUAUGACACUGCUGGCUGACUUGAAAACGAUGGUUGAGACGAAAAAGGUAGCAGGUUCUGGAGUUCUACUGUUAGAUAAUUAUACUGAUAGGAUACAGGUAUUAGAAAAUAUGGUACACUGUGCUGAUUUGAGCAAUCCCACCAAACCGUUACCCUUGUACAAAAAAUGGGUCUCAUUGCUGAUGGAGGAGUUCUUCCUACAAGGAGACAAAGAGCGAGCCGCUGGUAUGGAUAUAAGCCCAAUGUGCGAUCGGCAUAACGCGACAAUCGAGAAAUCUCAAGUCGGCUUUAUCGAUUAUAUUGUUCAUCCAUUAUGGGAGACUUGGGCAGAUCUAGUGCAUCCAGAUGCACAGGAUAUCCUCGACACAUUGGAAGAAAAUCGUGACUACUAUCAGAGCUUAAUACCGCCAUCGCCGCCAGCGCUAGAUGAACCAGAGGACAAGAUUCGCUUUCAGAUGACGCUCGAGGAAGAGAGUGCUUCCGAGAAUGAUGAUUCACACCGUGAGGAUAAGCCCCAGUAAAAGCAGUACGCCUUUUCCAUCUCCUUUUCGUGAACAAAACGAAUACAAGCAUAAACCAAACCAAACCAAACCAAAUGUAGCAAAAUCCAAGCAUAUACUCAUCGUAACUUUGUAAUCGUGUAUGCUUCACU